CUCCGCGAGGGUGCGGUCGUGGGGGGGCGAAGCCUGGCCCUGCGCUGGCGCUGGCAGCCGCGCUCGUUCUAGCACUCUCCUCUCCGCCCGCCGCCUGGCGUGUGCGACCGGGGCCUUUGGUCGCGUGCACGGCCGCAGAGCGCAAUGAGGCGGGCAGCACUGCGGCUUUGUCCCUUGCGCAAGGGACUGCUCACUCCUGGCAGAGGACUGACUCAAGGAUCUCAGAAUCCCGAGAAACAAGGAGUCUUCCACGUUAAUGAAGCAUGUUCACCUAUACAUGUGAAUCAUGGUGUGUGUGUUCGAGACAAGUUGCGGGAGAUAGUAGGAGCAUCCACAAACUGGAGAGACCACGUGAAAGCGAUGGAAGAAAGAAAAUUACUUCAUAGCUUUUUGGCUAAGUCACAGAAAGGCCUGCCACCCAGGAGAAUGAAAGACAGUUAUAUCGAAGUUCUUUUGCCUUUGGGCGGUCAGCCUGAAUUACGAGAGAAAUACUUGACUGUUCAGAACACCGUAAGAUUUGGCAGGGUUCUUGAGGACCUUGACAGCUUAGGAGUUCUUAUUUGCUACAUGCACACCAAAGUUCAUUCAGCUAAGAUGUCUCCUUUAUCAAUAGUUACAGCCCUAGUGGACAAAAUUGAUAUGUGUAAGAAGAGCUUAAGCCCAGAACAGGACAUCAAGUUCAGUGGCCACGUUAGCUGGGUUGGGAAGACAUCCAUGGAAGUGAAGAUGCAUAUGUUCCAGUUAUAUGACAAUGAAUUUUGUCCUGUUUUGGAUGCAACAUUUGUCAUGGUGGCUCGUGAUUCUGAAAAUAAAGGGCCGGCAUUUGUAAAUCCACUCAUCCUUGAAACCCCAGAGGAAGAAGAGCUCUUUAGACAAGGAGAAUUGAACAAGGGGAGAAGGGUUGCUUUCAGCUCCACGUCGUUGCUGAAAAUGGCUCCCAGUGCUGAGGAGAGGACAACCAUACAUGAGAUGUUUCUUAACACACUGGAUCCAAAGACUAUAAGUUUUCGCAGUCGAGUUUUGCCCCCUAAUGCAGUGUGGAUGGAGACUUCAAAACUGAAGAGCUUGGUAGUUUGCCACCCUCAGGAGCGGAACAUUUUUAAUCGGAUCUUUGGUGGUUUCCUUAUGAGGAAAGCCUAUGAACUUGGAUGGGCUACUGCUUGUAACUUUGGUGGUUCCCGAGCAUUUGUAGUAGCAGUGGAUGAUAUCAUGUUUCAGAAACCUGUUGAGGUUGGAUCAUUGCUGUUUCUUUCUUCGCAGGUUUGCUUUACCCAGGACAAUUACAUUCAAGUCAGAGUACACAGUGAAGUGGCUUCUCUUCAGAAUAAGGAGCAUAUGACCACCAAUGUCUUUCAUUUCACGUUCAUGUCGGAAAAAGAAGUGCCCUUGGUUUUCCCCAGAACAUACGGAGAGUCCAUGUUGUAUUUAGAUGGGCAGCGGCAUUUCAACUCCAUGAGCAUGUCGGUGAACUUGAGAAAGGACUACACUGUGGAGCCCUAGGAAGAGAGCGCUUAUUGUAGACCAGCACUGCACAGUGAUGUAGCACCUGAUAAAGGCCUGCCAAGUGUUUUGGUUUUAGUAUUUAUUCUCUUCCUUCAUAGAGAAGAAUGUAUUCAGCUUAUAGGAUGAUCAGAAAAGCAGAACAAGAGUGGCUGGUUGAGGCAGAGGGAGAAAGUUAUUAAACAAUAAAUCCUUUUAAGACAA